AUGAGUGCAGAUCUACAGCCGUCGAAGCUUGGCAACAAAGAACAGCAAGUCCUUUUGGUCUGUCCUUCUCCCCUCAUACUGAUGAAUCCAUGUAGCUGGGAUGACGUAUACAAGACAGAGCUAGAAAAUUUCGACGAAACAGGCGAUGAAGGUGAAAUUUGGUAUGUCUUCUCAUUGACUGACUGUUCCUGCUCUUCGAUUUGCGACAGGUUUGGCGAAGAGAGCGUGGCAAAGAUGGUGGAUUGGACUGUAGAAAACGUUCCAUCUUCACGGGGCGCAUCAAUUCUAGAGAUCGGUAGCGGCAACGGCACACUCCUUUUUGCUUUGCUAGAAGCUGGAUACAACGCGACAACUCUCUGUGGUAUCGAUUAUAGUGUGGAUGCCGUAAAACUCGCAGAGAACAUCUCAUCGACACGGGGUGGCGAGCGUAUAACCUUCAGCCAGCGCGACUUUCUCUCUGAAGAUCCACCAGUGUUACCGCAUAUGAAUCACGAGAAACCGCCCCCGGGUCAAUGGGAUCUUCUUCUCGACAAGGGAACAUAUGACGCCAUUGCUCUUGGACAGCGAGAUGAUCUGGGCCGCUCACCUGCGUAUCAGUAUCCCCAGCGUGCCGCCAGGCAACUGAAAGCAGGCGGAUUCUUCCUGAUAACAUCGUGUAAUUUUACCGAAGACGAGCUCAAUGUGAAUUUCGCAACACCGGAGACGGGCUUUAUAUAUCAUUCACGAAUACAGCAUCCCACAUUCACGUUUGGUGGUAAAAGCGGAAGUGUCUGUUCUAGUGUUGCAUUCAAAAAGAUGUAG